CGUUAGUUUGUCACUGGAACUCUUGUACUGCGGAAAACGGAACAUUUAACGUUCACAGCAGCGACAAGAAUACGCACAACUACACCUGUGGGUGGAGGAGAGAGGAGGAGGGGGGCGAUCGGGCCGAUGAUCCGGUGAGUGACGCCUGUGUGUGUGUGUGUGUGUGUGUGUGUGUGUGUGUGGACAUCUCGGGGGAGCAACAGUACGAUGAGCUGCCCGAGAGCCUUUACAGCCUGCGGGGACUGAGACGACAACACCGCUACAAACACGGCAGUCCAUGCGGUGUCCCAGAGGCUCUCCCUUCUCUGAGGCUGAGAAACCAGCAGCAUGUCCCGCGUCUCCUCCACCGCCAAGCGCUACGCCGGCUCCUCCUACACCAGCCAGUACGGCUCCUACAGCUCCUCCCUGACCCCGGGCCUCGGCUCCUAUAGCGAGCGGGACAGGCUGUCCUCCUACCGGUCCCCCGCCUGCUCCUCAGGUUACUCCUCCUCCAGCUACCUGAGCAGCUCUGCCGCCCGCAGCCGCAACUACAGCACCUCCUCCGACACGGACCGGGGUCGGACCGUCCCGCGCACCGACCUCCUCGGGAGCAGCAGCCGCCGCAGCGAGAGCCUCAGCAGAACCCCCCUGAGGAGCUAUGGCGGGUCGGGGCUGAGCGGGGGGUCGGGCUACACCAGCUCCUACCCCUACUCCUCCUCCACCUCCUCCUCCUCGGCCCAGUCCAGCUACCUCUCCUCCACACCGGCGGCCUCCGGCAUCGCGCUCACCCGACGGAAGUCCGCGUCCCAGAGCGACUUGAGCCGGGACCUGGCCUCCCUGGGCCUCAGCGAUGCCUCGUCCUCCUCCACCUCCUCCACCAGUGCCCUGCGGAGCUACCGCAGUCGGGCCAGCGACAUGGCCGACUCCUACGCCGCCGGCUCCCGGACGGGCUACACGGGCCUGUCGCGGAGCUCCACCCAGGAAGCCUUCAGCAGCAGCAGAGCCUCCAGCGCCUCGUCCUGGCAGUCCGACCCCCCCACCAGGGACACCGCGAAUUCAAAGAGCGCCCAAGGCCUGGUGGGUCUGAAGAACCUGGGCAACACUUGCUUCAUGAACAGCAUCCUGCAGUGUCUCAGCAACACUCACAGCCUGAGAGACUACUGCCUGCACAACGCGCACCGCAGAGACCUUAACAACAACCGGCGCAGCGACACCGCCCUCAUGGAGGAGUUCGCUAAGCUCCUUCAGACCGUGUGGACGUCGUCCAGCAGCGACGCCGUCAGCCCGUCCGAGUUCAAAACGCAGAUCCAGAGAUACGCUCCCAGAUUCGUGGGCUACAACCAACAGGACGCUCAGGAGUUCCUGCGCUUCCUGCUGGACGGACUGCACAACGAGGUCAACCGGGUCAGCGUCAGGCCGAGGGGCGCCGGGGAGGACUUUGACCACCUGCCGGAUGAGGAGAAAGGGAAGAAGAUGUGGAGUAAAUAUCUGGAGAGAGAAGACAGCAAGAUCGUUGAUGUGUUCGUGGGGCAGCUGAAGAGUUCUCUGACCUGCAGCCACUGUGGGUUCUGCUCCACCGUGUUCGACCCCUUCUGGGACCUUUCUCUCCCCAUCGCCAAGCAGGGUUACGGUGACGUCAGCCUGAUGGACUGCAUGCGGCUCUUCACCAAGGAAGACGUCCUCGACGGAGACGAGAAGCCGACGUGCUACAGGUGUAAAGCUCGCAGGAGAUGCACCAAGAAGUUCACCAUACAGAAGUUCCCCAAGAUCCUAGUGCUGCACCUCAAGCGCUUCUCUGAGGCGCGAAGAACCAGCAAACUGUCCACCUUCGUGAACUUCCCCAUGAAAGACCUGGACCUGCGGGAGUUUGCCUCCCAACACAGCAUAGACGCGGUGUACAACCUGUACGCAGUGUCCAACCACUCAGGCACCACCAUGGGGGGUCACUACACGGCCUACUGCCGCAGCCCCAGCUCGGGGGAGUGGUACACCUUCAACGACUCCAGAGUAACGCCAAUGUCCUCCAGCCAAGUGCGCAGCAGCGACGCCUACGUCUUGUUCUACGAGCUGGCGUCGUCCUCGCGCAUGUGAAGCCUCCACACAUGGAGAUGCAAACCAGAAAUCAGAGCUUGGACUAUUUUUUGGACAUAUAUCCCACGGGCG